AUGUCUGAGAUUUUGUAACAAUCAACAGAAAUACAAACUUUCUAACCCAAUCAAAUUCACAGAAAAAUUCAGCCAAAGUAGACAAAGAACUUUUCACCAAUGAAAGCAGCUCUAAUUUUAGAUCAUUAUCAAGGCCAAGCAUCAGAUUCUAGGCCUGAUAAGAAAUAAACAUAAAAUUCUCAAGAAAGAAAGAUAAAUGUUUAGCUAAUGAACAGUCAAUCCAAUUAGAAACCAUAUAAUGACAACAUAAUAAUGGUUAAUCAAAUGAAUCCAGUUGCUGACAUCAAAGAAUUAUAUCAUUUGUACAAGAGUCAAAAUCAGCCAGUACCUUUAGCAAAACAAAAGGUUCAAUUUAAAAAAGAGAACUUCAGUAUUUUUUCAGAUCAAAUAUUGUAACAUUUCUUUAUUUUUAUUGUAAAUUUUAGGUCCUAGGAAUACAAUCAUGUGAUGCAGGGUACAAAAACUAUAGAAUAACAAAGAGUACCGAGGAUGUAGUAGCAACCACUGAAAGAUAAUUUAGUUUAGAAAUCAUCCGAGAAGAUAUAUUUUUCUCAGCCUAGGCCAUAAAAAGAGAAUACAAAUAAUAUUCGCUAUCAGCCAACAGCGAUUCAAUAAUAGUAAAAAGAAAAAGAUAAUAAUCAAAGAAAUUAAAAUCCCAUAAAUUCAAAAUAAUAAUUAAGGACAUUUCACUAAUCGAAUCAGAAACUAAUAAAGCAUCUUUCAAACACUUACACUGAUAAUUAAGGAAAUCAAUAAAGAUAUCUUUCUUAGGAUACUAGAUAAGUUCAUAAUAAAACAAUAAAUAACACGAAAAAGUAGGAAUUUAUAAUUGAAUCUACAGCUGAAGACCUAGAGUUACUCUCAUUCCAAAAAGAAAUUGAAAGAAGAUAUAGGUCUGCAUAAACUAAAUUUUAUGUUUUCCCAAGAGUAGAGCCAUUAGUCACUCAUACUGAAAAUUAGAUACUUGAAUCUUACAUAGAAGAAUAAAAUAAUAAAUAGCUACACUAUGAUAUUAUAAUUGAGGAAGACUAUUAACUAGAACUUGAAUCUUCUUCACUUUAAAAGUCAAUGGUCAAUAAAUAUUAAGGAUUAUAAAGCUAAAAAAAUAAAGAGAAAUUCUGUGAGAAAUUGAAAAAGACUAAGACUUAGAAUGCUUCGCAACAAUAAUUAAUCUAACCAUCUGGAUUAGGUUAAUUACAGAUAAAAUCGAUUGAAGUUAUUAAUUACGAUGCAUAGCAUAAUUUAAACUUGUAAACGAAUAGUGGCAGUAACAAUAUAGAUAUAUAAAAACAGUUGAAUCAGACUUCUAAAUAACAAUUUUUCUAAAAUACUCACAAAAGAGUUUAAAAUCCUAAUCAAAAAAAUUUAGAGAUUAAAACCUAGCACAGUAAUUAAAAUUCACAGUUGUUCUAAUAAAGUGGAAUAUAUCCUCUUAGUACAAAGUAUAAUUCAAACUAAGAGUUGAUUAUCUCAAAUAACCAAGCUUAGUAUUUUGCAUCGGGGAAUUAAAAGUAUGUUGAGCCAUAAUUCACCAGAAAUAUUGUAAAGCCAACUGUUGCCAAAAGUGAAAUGUAGAAUAUUGAGAAAUAAAAGAUGAUGCAGCUUACUUAGCUAAUUUAAAAGAUAAGCGGAUCAUAGAAUUAGCAAUAGUAGCCUAAAGUUUAGACUGAGAGGUAAAGAGAUUUCUCUGGUAAGAGAAAUUAAAAUAGUGAAAAUAAUAGAUAGCCAUAGCAAGUUCAAAUGUACUUUAAUGGUGGUUAUGAAGUGAAUCAUAAAAACUAAAAUCCUCCUUAACCAUAAUCACCGACUAAUGAGCUGAGGAAAACAGUUUUAUAAGAGAGUAACUUUCAUAUAUUUAAGUCUCCAAUGAAGUAUUAGCUCUAGAAUUAGAAUCAGUAAAAUAAUCAAACUAAAUUGAAAAUGAAUUAAAUUAAUACCCCAAGCAAAUAAAAAUCCCUCCAUAAGGUAUUUUCUUAAUAAGCUUUAUUGUAAAAUUCUGGAAAUAAAGUACUAAAGUAAUCAAUGAUUUCAACAAGUUACAAGAAGUUUAAAGAGAUGGAUGAGAGCUAAUCAAAAACUAGUAGAAAUAAUAGUUAAUAAAGUUCUUCUCAUGCCGGAACUCAAUAGAGCAGAUCUAGAUAAUAAAGUUCUUCCUAAAGUAAAAGAGAUUAUUCUGAUAACAAGAGUAAGCCAUAAUACUAGGCUUAUGUAGGAUAAAGUGCAAUUCAAAAUAUCUCAAAAAUAAAUAAUAGAUCAAACUCCAGAAGAAAACUUAAGAACAUUGCCUCUACACUCCAGAUAACUGGUUCUUAAGCAAUCAGUAAAAACUAUGAUAUUUAUAGCUCAAUAAUUCAAGUAAAAUCCCCUCAAAAUAUAAACAGCCAAACUCCAUCAGCAGCUAUGCUUACUAACAGUAUAAUGUCACCGAAUUAAGCCAUCAAGUAUAGUUCUAAUACUAUACCAUUAAAUAGUACAGGUCAAAAUUUUAAUAAAAAAAUAAAUACGCUUACUAAAACUUAGAAAAUAAAAUCUCCUCAUACAGGUGGAUCAGAUGAUCAUCAUCUAGUUCAUGAAUUUUAAUGA